GCGACGGACACCCAAUUAGAAGCGUGCCCGCCCCCCCAGGCCCAGGCGGGGCAGGUUUAGGACCGGGAAGCUCCGCCCAACGCCGGCGUGUGACGUCGAGUCGCCAUGGCCAGCUACCCGUACGGGCAGGGCUGCCCAGGAGCUGGAGGACAAGCGCCCGGAGCCCCUCCGGGUAGCUACUACCCUGGACCCCCCCAUGGUGGAGGGCAGUAUGGCGGUGGGGUACCCCCUGGUGGCAGUUACGGCGGGGGUCCUGCCCCCGGGGGGCCUUAUGGACCACCGGCUGGUGGAGGGCCCUAUGGACACCCCAAUCCUGGGACUCCAGGAGGACUAUAUGGUAGUGCGGCCCCAGGGGGUCCCUAUGGCCAGCCACCUCCGAAUUCCUACGGUGCCCAGCAUCCCGGGCCUUACGGACAGGGACCUCCUCCAGGUGGUGUUCCUCCCAACAUGGAUCCUGAGGCUUACUCCUGGUUCCAGUCCGUAGACUCUGAUCACAGUGGCUACAUCUCCAUCAAGGAGCUGAAGCAGGCUCUGGUCAACUCCAACUGGUCCUCGUUCAACGACGAGACGUGCCUCAUGAUGAUAAACAUGUUUGACAAGACAAAGUCAGGCCGCAUCGACAUCUAUGGUUUCUCGGCUCUGUGGAAGUUCAUCCAGCAGUGGAAGAACCUCUUCCAGCAGUAUGACCGGGACCGCUCGGGCUCCAUCAGCUACACCGAGCUGCAGCAAGCUCUGCUAGAAGGCAGUUUCCUUCCCAACCCUGGGAUCCAGACCACGCUAAAAGUUGCAUUCGGCUCUGUCCCAAAUGGGCUACAACCUGAGCCCCCAGUUCACCCAGCUCCUGGUCUCCCGCUAUUGCCCGCGCUCUGCCAACCCCACCAUGCAGCUAGACCGCUUCAUCCAGGUGUGCACCCAGCUGCAGGUGCUGACCGAGGCUUUCCGGGAGAAGGACACAGCUGUACAGGGCACCAUUCGGCUCAGCUUCGAGGACUUCGUCACCAUGACAGCUUCUCGGAUGCUAUGACCCAGCCCAUCUGUAGAGUGGAGUGUACCAGGGGCCUUUCCUGGCCCCUUAGAGCGGGAGAGGCAUGCGGGCCUCUCCGCUUUUCCUGUCCCUCCUAGAAAAAGAUUCUCCCUUGCCUGAUGCAGCGCUGUUCCCGAAGAGGGCUGGGAGUCUUGUGUCAGUCACCAAAUAGCGGGGACCUAGGCUGAGGCCACACAGGAGGUGGCCAAAGAGAGGACUGGACGUUGAAUGCCCUUGGAGCCCUGAGUAUUUCAAUGGCCCAGCCUCGUGCCAGGAGCAGAAGAUGCCAGUUAGUGUCCAGUCCGCUGGGCUCUAGCCUCUAGCUGUCACUUCUCCGCCCUGACACCAGGGGUAAGUGAUCAUCAGCCUCAUGCCAUUAGCACCUGAGUCCCUUCACCCAUACCGUCUUGUCAGAUGAACCCAGUUUCUCCAAAGUGGAAGCUGACCAAGCACGAGGGAGGUUUGUCCGCGGGACCAAGUGGCUUGGAUUCCACCACCCCGUGUCCCCAAAUCCCCGUGUGUUGUCUUGUAGCUGCCUGGCUGCUGGCCCUGAUCGGGGGCUUGGACCGCCUGCUCUCUGGGCACCCUUGGCCAGGCUACCCCUCUGCAGCUCGGACCCCUCACUUGCCUGCCAUUCUCUGCUCGGCUUCAAUCCCCAGGGGACAGUUGUCACCUCCCACUGCCAAUGCUGUUUUUUUAAGUUGUGUGUUUUUUCUUUCGGGGCCAAAAGUUCAGUGAAACUGUAAGCUCAAUAAAAGGACAGAACUCUGGA